AUGAGCACAACAAAUACAGAUAUGAUCGAUUCAUCAAGCGAUAUUAAAGAUGAAACCAUAACUCAUAACAAUGACACUGUAGAUACAACCAAGGCAACAGAGAUUACAGCAGACAAAAAUUUAGAAGUUUCAAUAGAUAAAAAUAAAGAAAACAAAAAUACAGCAGAUGAUAAUAAAGAGAAAGAAAAAGAAAAAGAAAAUAUAAAUAAUAAUAAUAAUAAUGAUACUACUAAUAAUAAUAAUAGUAACAACAAUAAUAAUAAUACACCACCAAAAGAAUCAAAUAACACAACCACUACCACCAAAAGUGAAGAAAGUAGUUCAGAUGAUACAUAUAAUAGCGGUACUGGUGAUGCACCAUCAACACCUCAAGUAGCACAUCAAACCAUUCAACCACAACAAGCACAAUCUACACAUUUCACCACAGAACCAUCAUCAAAGACUCGUUCAGUUCGUGACUUUGGUGUCUCCUUUGAAAAGAAUGCACGUUAUAGAAGAACAAUGGAGGAUGAACAUGUUAUUAUCGAUUGCUUUGGUGGUGAUGCAAACCAAGGUUAUUUUGCAAUUUAUGAUGGUCAUGGUGGUAGAGGUGCUGUAGAAUUCACUGCUAAAACUCUUCAUGUUAACCUUUUAGAUGAAAUUAAUAAAUCCCCAGAAGGUGAUAUUUUAGAACUCUUUAGAAAUAGUUAUCUUUUAACCGAUAAACAAAUGAAUGAAAGUGAAAUCCAAUUCUCUGGUACUACAUCUAUUACCGCCUUAAUUAGAAAAAAUCCAGUUGAUGGUGAAAAAUAUCUUUAUGUUGCCAAUGCUGGUGAUGCCCGUGCAGUUGUUUGUCAUAAUAAAGUUGCAGAAAGAUUAUCAUACGAUCAUAAAGGAUCUGAUCCAGAAGAAGUAAAACGUAUUGAUGCUGCAGGUGGUUUUGUAUGUAAUGGUCGUGUUAAUGGUAUUCUCGCUGUAACCCGUUCACUUGGUGAUCACUCAAUGAAAGAUCAUGUCAUUGGUGACCCAUAUAAACGUUCAAUUAAAUUAGAUUCUGGUCAUACUCAUUUAAUUUUAGCUUGUGAUGGUCUUUGGGAUGUUACAAGUGACCAAGAUGCAGUGGACCUUAUUUUAAAUGAAACUGAAGCACAAAAGAUGAGUGAUAAAUUAUUAUUACAUGCAUUAAAGAAAGGAAGUACCGAUAACAUUAGUAUUAUCGUUGUUAUUUUGUAA